AUUCUUAAUGUGUGUGUAACCAGCUGGAACGCAACAUGAUUUGGCUCUAAAUGUUGUUUUUGCAGAUGUUACCGCUAUCGCUCAAUCUAAUUUGAAGUCACACAGCAGGAAACCGUGGCCGACUGAGAUUCCACUCUCUUUAAGAGGAACUAAUUGACCGCUGAGGGUUGAUCUACAAAGUGAUUUGUUACCACUGACGGGAGGAAACAAACAGGUGGAAUACGAUGAUCGCAGUGACGCUUCUGUUUUUGCUCGUGCCGGUAGAGGCUCAGUUUCCACGAGUGUGCUGCACAGUGGAGGGGAUCCAGUCCAAGAGGUGCUGCCCCGCUCUGGGCUCAGAUCCUACCGACGUCUGCGGCUCCCUGUCAGGGAGAGGAAGUUGCACUGCUGUCCGGGUGGACAACAAACCAUGGGGAGGACCAUACAGGCUGCGAAAUGUGGAUGACAGAGAGAGGUGGCCCACUAAAUUCUUUAACCAGACUUGUAGAUGCACUGGAAACUUUGCAGGCUUUGAUUGUGGCCAAUGUAAGUUUGGUUGGACGGGAUCAAAUUGUGACCAAAAAAAGGCUCCCAUCGUACGGAAGGACAUCCAUUCCUUGACCCAAGAAGAGCUUAAUGAGUUCUUGAAUGUGCUGGAUCUGGCUAAAACCACCAUCCAUCCAGAUUAUGUCAUCGCUACUCAACACUGGCUGGGAUUACUGGGACCAAAUGGGACAGAUCCACAGUUUGCCAACAUUUCCAUAUAUGACUUCUUUGUUUGGCAGCAUUACUACUCCGUUAGAGACACUCUUCUAGGUCCCGGUCGUCCCUUCAAAGCCAUCGAUUUCUCCCACAAAGGCCCGGCCUUCAUCACCUGGCACAGGUACCACCUUCUAAGCCUGGAAAGGGAGCUUCAGAGACUUUCAGGUGAUGAGAACUUUGCCAUCCCUUACUGGAACUUUGCCACAGGUCAGAGCGAGUGCGAUGUUUGCACCGAUUCCAUGCUGGGGGGAAGAAAUCCGGACAACCCCUCCCUCAUCAGUAACCAGUCCAGAUUCUCCAGAUGGGGGGUGGUGUGUAACAGUUUGGAUGAUUACAACCGUCUGGUGACUCUUUGCAACGGCACCAAUGAGGGUUUCAUUCAAAGAGGCAUCAUGGAGAGAUCCAACGGCACUCUGCCCAGCAUGAACGACGUCAGAAGCUGUCUGGGGCUCAGAGACUUUGACAGUCCGCCAUAUUUCACCAACUCUUCUUUUAGCUUUAGAAAUGCUCUUGAGGGGUAUGAAAAACCAGAUGGAGAACUGGACGACGCGGUCAACAACCUUCACAACCUGGUCCAUGCCAUGCUCAAUGGAACCAGCGCUUUGUCUCACUCUGCAGCCAACGAUCCAAUCUUCCUGGUGCUGCAUGCUUUUACUGAUGCCAUUUUUGACGAGUGGAUGCGGAAGUUCGUUCCUUCCAAUGCCACUUUUCCCGACGAGAUGGCCCCUAUAGGUCACAACAGGGACUACAACAUGGUUCCUUUCUUCCCUCCGAUCACCAAUGAGGAGAUCUACAUCCCCUCGGAGCAGCUGGGAUAUUCCUACGCUAUUUCUCUGGAUGAUGCAGAUGGCGGACCGGCGGUGUUUGUUCUCGGCUCCACUUUAGGGGGCGUCUUUGUUGGUCUCCUGGUGCUUGUCCUCAUCUUUGUGCUCUACCUGCGUCAGCGAAGAAACAGAGGCUUUGAACCCCUGAUAAAAGCCGAUUUCACAAAUAGAAAGUACACAGAGGAAGCCUAGCUGUCUUGGCUCUGUUCUGAAACACACUUCGGUGCUCUUAACAUACCUCAGAGCGAUGGAGCAGGCGAGCUGUAGGCUCCACUGUGGAGCAAGAGGAGAAAUGUUGAUUGUGCAAAAUACUUUGUUCUUUUAUAAUCAUGUCUAAAGUCUCUGCAGAAUGAUCACCCAAAUCUAAUA